CUCGUUUUCUUCCCUCGUCUGCCAUCCACCACCCCUCAUCCAGCAUGUUGUCUCGGUCUUUACGAUGAUUCCGGUCUCUGUCGUUCUCUACCCGUGCGCUUCCGUACAUGCUCGCCGUCCGACUCUGAUUCGCUCCGUCUGAGCUCAGCUUCUGCCGGGCUCGGCCAUCAAUAAUCAAUCAGCCUUACCAGCCACUCCUCACCUCCGCUAGGCCCCCAUUUCCACACCACAGUCGCCAGGGCAAGAGACUGCCUCUCGAGCUCGUCUCGUCACCAUUCCUUCUCAUCGCUCAUCGGUGCCCCCCUGGUGGAGGCUGCCUAUUCCCCGACCGGCACCAUGAUGCAAUGGUCGUCCUUCGUUCAGAAAGCCCAGUCAUUCAUUGACCCGGCCAACUUCAAUCUUCCUACCCUCACCUCCACAGAUCGCAAUCCCUCGAAAGCCUCCUUGUUCCGCCAGCAAUUUCGCCUGCCCGACUCUCAGAACCCGUUGCAGGAAAUCACCGCGGAACUGGUCCUCCCGAUCCCGCAUACCUCCUCUCCGACCGGCCAAGGGGGCGCGUCGCGCAAUCUCGACCGCGCGGGUAACCGAUAUGCGGGGCGACUUCACCUCAGUGAGCGAUAUAUAUGUUUCUCCACUCAACCGACGAGCUUUGCGCCCUCGGCCACUCUGGGGGCGUCUACUUACUGGGCCGGCCAGACCAACGGCACGGGCCCGUCAGGAAAUGGCUUCACCAUUCCGCUGUGUUGCAUCCGCCGGGUGGAGCGGCUCAAUAGCCUCAGCCACGUCUUCUCCCUGGCACUGACGACGUGGAACGGCGCGCUGGGGAAGCAGCAGAGCUCCGGCUUCGCCCCACAACGCUUCACCAUCCAGCUGGUCGGGAGCAGGCAGGCCUGUGAACGUUUCUGUGAUGGCCUGAAGAAGGGACUGCGCGAGGGCAUGAAGGAGAUUGAAAACCUGCGAGUCGUGGUGAAUGAUUGCUACUCGGAAUACCUCCUUUCCGGAGCCAAGUCUAAGGGCCAGGAUGGAGAAGGCUCGGAGGUGCACCAGCCACCCGAUGCCGGGCUGGGAAUGAUCUUCCGCUACCCCGGCGAUGCCCGCAAACUUCGGGAUCGAAGUAAAAUGAGAUUGUGGGGCGAAUACUUUCGAGAAAAUGGCCGCAAUGCGACUCUCAUUCGGCAGCCCACUUUUCACAAGCUGAUCCGCGUGGGACUUCCCAACCGUCUCCGCGGUGAGAUCUGGGAGAUCUCCUCGGGGUCGUUGUAUCUUCGCCUGCGGUCUCCCAAGUUGUACACAGAGACGCUCUCCAAAUUCUCCGGGCAAGAAUCCCUCGCGAUCGAUGAAAUCGAAAAAGACCUGAAUCGCAGUUUGCCGGAGUAUGCCGGAUUUCAGAGCGAGGAAGGAAUCGGACGGCUUCGACGAGUGCUCACGGCCUACAGCUGGAUCAACGCCGAAAUCGGCUACUGCCAGGCUAUGAAUAUCGUCGUUGCCGCUCUAUUGAUAUAUAUGUCCGAGGCGCAAGCCUUUUUCCUUCUUUCGGUGCUAUGUGACCGUCUCCUGCCGGGUUACUAUUCGACGACCAUGUACGGCACGUUACUCGACCAGAAAGUUUUCGAGUCCCUGGUGGAGAAGACGAUGCCGGUUCUGUGGGAUCAUCUCGCCAAAUCCGACGUUCAGCUUUCGGUCGUCUCCUUGCCGUGGUUUCUCUCCCUAUACAUAAACUCGAUGCCGCUGGUAUUUGCGUUUAGGGUCCUCGAUGUGUUCUUCCUGGAAGGACCCAAGGUCCUUUUCCAGGUUGGCCUUGCCAUUCUCCGCGUCAACGGCGAGGAGCUGUUAGAUAUUCAGGAUGACGGGUCCUUCAUCUCCGUAUUGAAAUCAUACUUCUCUCGCCUGGACGAGUCCGCUCAUCCGCGAUCCGAGAACCCCAAGCUGCGAGCGAUUACUCGCUUCCAGGAACUGAUGGUGGUGGCUUUCAAGGAGUUUUCCGGCAUCACCCAUCAGACCAUCACAGAACAGCGUGACAAGCACAAAGAUGCGGUGCUGGAAAAUAUCGAGAGUUUUGCCAAGCGAACCUCCAUCCGGAAUCUUGGGCCGGAAAGCAAAAAGUUGAGCAUGGACGACCUGGGUGUGAUCUACGACCGGUUCUACGAGGUUCUCUACGAUCGGCAACAACGACAAAAGCUCUUGGACGAGGAAAAGAAGCGCCAGGAGAAGAAGCGAAUCGAGCGCACUUCGAUCUUAGGCCCUCCGGUGGACCGGGAAGUAGGUCGCGUUGGUCUGGGCCCCAGUCCGACUCACAUGGACUACGACGCUUUCCGCGACUUCCUUGCUGGCACGGCCAAGUGGGCGGUGGGCGACACGCCUGGACCUUCUCGCAAGCAAUCGUCGGGCGAUCUCAGCUUGAACAGUCUCAGAGGGUUUGGGAAGUCUGCCGCGUCGUGGAACAAGCAAUCGGAACCCGCCGAUCAUGAAUUCAUGCAGCGUCUGUUCCGGAAAUGGGCCACGGAUCCAUCCGAGGGACUCAGUCUGCAGAACGUGGUCAACGGACUGGCGCGUCUCAAAGGACCACGCGAUAUCAUGAAUAAUAUCAACUAUUUCUUCGACUUAUAUGAUGAUCACGGCAAUGGCCAGGUAGAUCGCGAAGGGAUUCUAAGAAUCUCCGAGGCAUUGCUUUUCCUUUCUCGUCGCGGCUUUGACGGCACGAUUAAGGCGACCCAGUCUAUCGAGGAGCUUGGUGCUGCCAAUGACCGUGAGCACCCAGAUCAUGACCGGUUGAGUACCGAUGAAAAGUUCCUGGGAAGUGUCAGUUCGUUCAUUCGCCGGUGCUUCGAGUAUGCCGAUCCCAGCAAACCGGAGGAAACGGAGCCGGAGAAAUCCACAGACACGGAGGAAGCAGCGGACAAGCUGGGCUCAUUCAGCAUCGGAGAAGACGAGGAGGACUUGAUCGACGUGGGCGAGGCAAAGACCGAGCCGCCCUCAGGGAACGACAGUCCCGAGGAGCAAACGAAGAAAUCGGCCUCCGAGCCCCAUACGCAAAGCACAUCUGAAGCAGCAAAUCCCGCCCUAGAUCCCAACAACCCUCUACAUAUCACCCUCCCCACCUUCCGGAUGGUCAUUUUGGCCGACGAAUUGCUCGAGCAAUUCUUUGACUCCUUCUUCCCUCAGUCCUUCCGUCUUUCUGAUCACCCGCACCCUGCCUCUGUCGCCAGUUCUCUCUCUUCGAACCUCACAACCUUUUCCAACAUCAACGCCGCCAAACCACAUGUUAGCGCGGCGUCGGGCGCCUCCGUUGCAGGCGCGUCGGGAGGCAUCGUGCCCCCGGGCAAGGGUCUUCGCGGUGUUCUGGACAACAUCGUCACGGACGGCAUCCGCAUGGCUGCCGAGGUCAAGAAACGAAUGGACGAGGCGCAACGCGAGUUGGAGCGCAACGCACUCAGCCGCGAGGAGGACGAAGAAGAGGAGGACGACGACUACGACCCUCGUAAUAGUUCGUCUACCCCCGCCAUUGUGGGUGGCAUCUCGAGCUGGGGAGCUGGCGCGUACGGCGCCGACCCCGAACGCCGCAGCGUCCGCGAGGCAGACCGUGAUCUUCUGGAAGGGGCCGAGGUUGUCAGUAUCCACAAAAAGGACGAAACCUCCCUCUUGGACGAGAAGGAGGGACACCAACCCGGUCCCUCAGAGGCUGGCAAUAGUGGUGAUGCCCAGCGGCAGCAGCAUGCCCACAGCGAUGUCAGUAAAGUUGAGUUCGAGUCAUAAAGCACUACAUCCGGCACAUUCUGAGUGGGCUGAAAUAUUGCCUGUCGCAGCUCACUACUUCCCGCGAUCCUGUUUCUUUUGCCUUCAUUUUAUUUUUUUUUUGUGAUAUUAUCGCCCGACUUAUACUGCACGCACGCCAUUAUAUCUCCCAUCCUAGACCCUCUUUUGUUUGCCUAGCCUGGUUUUCCGUUCUAUCAGGAAGACCGAUCGAUGUAUGUAUGUACCGUUACGAACCGGAAUUUCUAG